AUGCAGAACCUCUCAGAGAGUUUACUUAAAACAGUAAGAAAAGCAGCUGAAAUCACUGAAUCAGAAUCAAAGCUUCAUACACAUACAAGAAUUCUAAACAAGAUCAAGGCCUUGUGUACACAGUGGCAGGCUGAGGCAGAAGUCAAACAACAAUUGACAUUCACUGCAGAUCAAGCAUUCACUAUAAAGAGCUUCACUGACGCAAUCACCAUCAUCAAUAAGAAUAGAAAAAACCAGAUCUUAGGCCUGCAGCAGAAGAUCAAAUGUUUACACAGACAGGCAACUACACUGAAUCUGAAGAUCUCAUCACAAUCAUUCACAAUCUCUUUAGAAGUGUACACAUUAUCAGAGAUCACUGCACAGAAUGAGAAUCUGAGCAUGGAAUAUAUCAAGCUAGAAGAUCUGUCAGAGUCAUUAAACUUCAAUAAUGACUGA